AUGGACUCGGAGAAGGCUAUCCAAUUGAACACAUUUGACAUUUGCCUUCCCCUUCCUUACCGUGUUGUCUUUCUGAUCAAUGCGGGUGUGGCUUUAUGGCAUGUCAACUUGUUUACAUGCCGAAAAUUAAACAUUGAUGUAUUGAUGGUAUUGAAAAUUGCACCACAAGAAACCACCCUUGUCAAAAUGAUGAACAGGAGUUGGAAACGAUUGACUACAAUCACCCUAGUCAAUUUUUUUUCAUACCUUCUGUAUUUCACUUUAACAUUUAACGGUCAUACUUUGCUUUUGGUGGAUUGGUUUCCCUUGAUUAACAUUAUUACGGUUUUUGUGAUUCUAUUAAACCAAACACCAUCUGCAGAAUCAAAUAGGUUAUCUCAAACUAUAAGGCGCAUAAUAAAGGGUAAUAUUGAUGUGAAUUUAAGAAAUAACGACAUCCUUCUCACAGAUACAUUCACCUCCUACAACAAAGUUUUAGUAGAUUUUCUUAUUUAUAUGUCAGCUUUAUUUCUAGGGCUUCAAACUUUACCUUAUGGAUCUGACUUAUACAAACAACUUUCUAAGUCUCACUUACAGAUUUAUAAUUUGGAUACAAUCUUGGCCAGUUUUCCGUCGGUAUUAAGACUGAAACAGUGUCUACAGGAAUACAAGGAAAGUAAACGAAUGAAUAAAUCACAUUUGUACAAUGCUAUCAAAUACUCAACUGCAUUUCUACCUACUAUAUCUAUGAUCUUAUACAAAUCAGGUAUCAUGCAUACACAGUCAUUAUGGUAUCUGUCAUCAUUCAUCAAUUCAGCAUAUUCGUUUUACUGGGAUGUAACCAACGACUGGAACUUCGGUUUUUUUCUUAAGUUUUUAACCAAUCAGCCACAUCUUGAAAUGUUUAGAAGUAAGAUGGUUUAUAGCAAAACAGUAUACAUAGUUGCAAUCAUUGCAGAUUUCCAGUUGAGGUUUUUGUGGAUUUAUAAGUUAAUUUAUGUUUCUGGUCAGUAUAAUGGGGGAUAUAAAGAUUUUUUUGUUCUUUUAUUCACAUCAGAGAUUGGUAAUUUCAUCCUGGAGAUUUUGGAAAUUUUUAGAAGGUGGGUUUGGGUUUUCUUGAAAAUCGAAACAGAAUAUGUCAAAAUGCUUUCAUCUAAAGAAAUAACUGAAAUGCAGAAUCUUGACUAA